CCGCCCGUAGUUUAGGAACGGCGGGGAAAGCCCUGUGUGCGACCUGUACUGUCCGGCUGGGGGUCAUGGCUGCUACCAGGACGCUCAACACCUUCCGUCUCCCGCCGUUGCCCACGAUUCGAGAAAUCAUUAAGUUGUUUAAACUGAAAGCAGUGAAACAGCUAUCCCAGAAUUUUCUCCUGGACUUGAGGCUGACAGAUAAAAUUGUGAGGAAGGCUGGCAACCUGACAGAUGCUUAUGUUUACGAAGUGGGCCCCGGGCCAGGGGGGAUCACGAGAUCCAUUCUGAACGCCAGUGUCGCUGAACUCCUGGUGGUUGAAAAGGAUAGUCGAUUUAUUCCUGGAUUACAGAUGCUUUCUGAUGCAGCACCUGGAAAACUGAGAGUUGUCCAUGGAGAUGUGUUGACAUUUAAGGUAGAAAGGGCUUUUCCACAAAGUCUCAAAAGAUGUUGGGAGGAUGAUCCUCCAAAUGUAUACAUUAUUGGAAACCUGCCUUUUAAUGUAUCAACUCCACUGAUUAUCAAGUGGCUGGAAAAUGUUUCUCAUAGAAAUGGACCUUUUGCUUACGGCAGAACCCAGAUGACGUUGACUUUUCAAAAGGAAGUGGCAGAGAGACUUACAGCCACUACAGGAAGCAAACAGCGAAGUCGCCUUUCCAUUAUGGCCCAGUACCUCUGUGACGUUCAACACAUCUUGACAAUCCCAGGUCGGGCUUUUAUCCCCAAACCAGAGGUGGACGUGGGGCUGGUGCACUUCACCCCCCUGACUCGGCCCAGGAUAGAGCAGCCGUUCAAGCUGGUGGAGAAAGUCGUUCAGAACGUUUUUCAGUUCCGAAGGAAAUACUGCCAUCAAGGGCUCAGAAUGUUGUUCCCUGAAGCUCAGCGCUUAGAAAGCACUGGAAAACUGCUACAGUUGGCAGACGUGGACCCCACUCUUCGACCCAUCCAGCUCUCUGUCUCCCACUUUAAGAGCCUCUGUGACGUGUACCGGAAAAUGUGUGACGACGACCCACACCUCUUUGCUUACAAUUUCAGAGAAGAACUCAAGCAAAAAUCAGAAAAUAAGGUGACAAGGAGAGGUGCAGACCCCGGCUGCUGCUGCAAGGGCUAGCAGCCGGCUGAGUGCUGAUUUUCACAAGCCGAACUGCUCGUGUGCACGCUCACCGGAGGUGACUGGCUUCCCUCUUACGGCACAGCUUGGUAAAGAGAAUAAACAUCAUCAAAUAAGAUACAGUACAAGCUUCCUUUUAAUAUAUAUACUGCAUAGAUAUGACAUGUUUUCGUAUAAACAGCGUCUAUUACAACCUUACAAAAAUGAAGUAUCUGCAUUUGUACCCCAAACCCACAUUAGAAUAAUUUAAAUAUGCUUUAAAUAAAGCAAACCCAACAGCUCAAAGAAAAUGCCCAGAGGAUCGGGGGGAAAAAAUGACCUUUUAAAAGCUAAUAAUCACACCUUCCCCACCUUUUUCCACAUAAAUUAAAUUAAUUAGAAAGCGGUUUUAUUUUAAGGAGUCUAAGUCAUUUUGAUACCUGCUCAAAAGGGAUAUAAACUAAUUUACAAAUUCUGACCAGUUUAAUCUAGUUUUCUGAUCCACAAUAAAUUAAAAUAACUUAACUCUUUACAAGUAUUUGUGGGAAAAUGUAUACUGCAUAAAACCCAAUAAUGACUAGUUUUUCUGCAAUUUCCAUUUUACCACUAGUUUAAAAGUGAAACCAGCAAUUUAGCCCACAUCUGGGUUGAAACUGUACUAAGACUUUCCAUGGCUUUCUGUCUCAUAAAAACACUCCUCGUUGACAACCGAUGUUAAACUCUGGACACUGAACUCUCGCUCGAGAACAGCAUUGAGAUCAAGGUUGGCGUUUUCAGACCGACUGUCCAGGGACUGGUGCCGGGUCUGCGCCUUCAGCAGUGUCCCCCUGUCCCUCUUGGUGCUGUUGGCUUUCCGUUUGAUGGCGCAGAAGUGCCCCCGGACCAGCUUGGACUGCGGGCCCCCGGGCUGGCCGUCCCUGCUGGGUGGCCCGUCAGCCAGAGGGGCAUCGGGGUCCUCGGAGAUCCUCAGUCUCUGGAACUGAAUCUCGAUGUCUUUGGUCGGGCUGCCGCGCCCGCGGGGCUGGUGAUGGUCCUCGUCGUCGUCGCUCAGAAUGUCGCUCUCCUUGAUGAGCCCGUCCGGGAAGGCGGCCAGGCUGGCCUGCGGGCCUUUCCCGGGCUCCGGCUGGCUCCCCGCCGCCGGGCAGCCGCUGCUCGGGGUGCUGCUGCUCAGGCUGCCCUCGUCCGAGUCCAGCGAGCUGCCCCUGCCCGGCUCGCCCGGCCACUCGCUGCUGGAGGAGUUCUUGAGGCCCCUUAAGGACCGGGACGAGGCUGCAAUGAGAGGAGCACGGUCUCCCUCACGACAGGGGAACCGACGCCAGGGUGUGGUCUGCAUCGGGGGUUACCGGUUCCACACCGCACGUUCCCUUUUCUCAUCUCACUUCAGUUACCCAGCCACCAGGACUCGGGCCGAUAUGCAUGUACUGCAGAUAUGGACAUUUUUUUACUUAUAUUUAUUUGAAAUCUUAAGUUGCGGAAUUUGGCAUCUGUAGAUGACCAAUGACCAGAGCUCAAUUAUUUAGCUAGAACAGUAAGCUCUGAAUUAUCUUAAGGGCUAGGAUUCUUGUUUUGCUGAUGGAUAAAUUUAAAAGUUAGUUGCUAACAAAUCUAGGUUCCCUUAUUUCACUAAAGGACUGUAGUUUGACAAGUAAGAUUACACUAAAUUUCUGUGCUCACCUUCUCACCCGUUUAUGCCCAUGCUGCUCAGUUAAAGUAGAAAAAUGCUCUCUCUCAUGAGAACUGUGUGCUGGAAUUUCUAGCCAGCUUCCACAGAUUUAAUACAAAUACUGAAUCGUG